AUGUUUUCGGAUGGCCUGGAGGCUGCAGGGCAGGCAGAGGACCUGGCCCUGUCCUCUCUACAUCCCCCGCUGGAGUCCGAAGAAGAAGAAAUCACAACAUCGGCUGAGAAGGGGCGAAAACGGCGAGGGCGCUACCGGCAUAGCUUGCAACUUUUGAAGCCUUUCAGAUUAACUCACAAGCACCAGCACCCAGUCGACAAUGCCGGCCUUUUCUCCUCCAUGACUCUGAGCUGGCUCGAUCCUCUGAUCCUGAAGGCCAACAGACAGUCCAAUCUGUCCAUAGAUGAUGUAUGGGGGGUGUCUUGCCACGAUGCUGCAGAAGUUAACUGUCAAAGGCUUGAGUCUUUGUGGCAUCAUGAGCUGAAAGGACAAGGCCGUGACGGAGCAUCUCUUAUCCGAGUGUUCUGGCAGUUCUGCAGAACACGUUUGGCAAUGGCCAUACUUUCCUUAAUCAUUGCAAUGCUGGCAGGCUUUGCAGGACCUGCGCUGAUGAUUCGAGCUCUACUGUUCUACAUCCAGAACAUGGAGUCUGACUGGUUGUACGGUGCAUCCCUGGUGAUUGGGAUCUUCCUCAUAGAGCUCACGCGCUCCUGGGCUCUAGGGCUCACGUGGGCCAUCAACUACCGCACUGCAACGCGCCUCAAAGGGGCUGUUCUGACCUUUGCCUUUCAGAAGAUCCUGACUCUGCGCAACACGAAAGAGAUCAGUCCUGGAGAGCUGAUCAACAUGUGUACCAAUGAUGGGCAGAAGAUCUAUGAAGCGGUGUGUGUGGGAUGUCUGCUGGCAGGAGGGCCUGUGGUCGGGCUGCUCGGAUUGACCUACACCGUAUUCCUCCUUGGACCCACUGCCCUCUUAGGAUCUGCUGUAGUGAUUGUCUUCACCCCAGCCAUGAUGUUUGCUGCACAAGUCUUGGGAUAUUUCCGAAAGAAGUGUGUGUCUGUGACAGACGACCGUGUGAGGCGAAUGAACGAGAUUUUGGGCUGUAUGAAGUUCAUCAAGAUGUAUUCUUGGGAGGAUGCAUUUGCCCAAAAUAUUCAGAAGGUUCGGUCUCGAGAAAAGUCUAUUCUACAAAAGGUGGGGAUUGUCCAGAGUUUCACUCUAGGAGUAGCCCCUGUGGUGGUGGUGAUCGCAUCUGUAUGCACUUUCACCAUUCACGUGGCCUUGGGAUAUAACUUGACUGCUGCAGAAGCUUUCACUGUGGUGGCAGUUUACAACGCCAUGACAUUUUCCUUGAAAGUCACUCCAUUAGCUGCCAGAGCCUUAACAGAAGGUGGCGUUGCUCUUAAAAGAUUUCGGAGAUUGUUUGUAUUAGAGGGACGUCAAGUGAUACAAAUAAAAGUGGAUGAUCCUCGCAAUGCAGUUGAAUUCCAAGGUGCUACACUGGCAUGGGAAAAGGCCAGCUCCCCAGUGGGAAAAAUAAACCCUUCAUCAAAGCAAAAGAAGGGCCGAGGCAUGAAGCGUGUACUGCGGCGGGAGAAGCUCGGCCUGUGCCUUUCCCCAGAGGACAACAAAGAAAUUAAAGACUGCCUCAACGCUCAGAGCUUGCUCACCAACAUGGAGCAGGAGAGUCCUCAGAGCACCAUAUCAUCCACACAGAGCAUGAGACCUCCACUCCACAAAACCUUACAUCGCAUUGACUUGCACAUCAGGAAGGGUUCACUGGUUGGAAUUUGUGGAGGUGUUGGGAGUGGAAAGAGUUCUCUUCUUACAGCUCUACUUGGACAGAUGACUCUCUUAGAAGGAAAUGUUGCUGUAAGUGGUGCCUUUGCAUACGUUUCUCAACAAGCAUGGAUCCUAAACCACUCACUCAAAGAGAAUAUCUUGUUUGGAAUGGAGUUCGACCAAUGCAAAUAUCAGGCGAUUCUUGAAGCAUGUUGCCUCGUCCCUGAUCUGGCAGAGUUACCAUAUGGAGAUAUGACAGAGAUUGGGGAGAGAGGAGCCAACCUGAGUGGAGGGCAACGUCAGAGAGUGAGCAUGGCCCGUGCUCUUUAUAGUGAACGGCCAAUUCUUCUGCUGGAUGACCCUCUCAGUGCGGUUGAUGCCUGUGUGGGAACGCAAAUCUUUCAUAAAGCCAUCAAGGGAAUUGCUAAGGGCAGAACUGUGCUCUUUGUUACCCACCAGUUGCAGUAUUUGCCUGGGUGUGAUGAUAUAAUACUCAUGAAUAACGGACAGAUCUCUGAACACGGGACCCAUGCAGACCUAAUGGAGAGAGGCCAUGAUUAUGCGAUUCUAUUCAACAGCAUGCAAAAAGAGAAUAUUGUAAAUACAAAUUUAAAGAGCAAGAAACCAAAAACUCUAGAAGAAACGCCUAAAACUGUUGAGUUUCCCGAAGCUUCAAAUGCCAAUACAAAUGGAAGCAACGUUGAGCAAGGUCAACUGAUUAAAGCUGAGGAGAAGGGGAAGGGGGCUGUUGGCUGGCCAGUCUAUGCUGCCUACAUAAAGGCAGCAGGUGGUCCAUUUCUCUUGAUCAUAAACUUGCUCCUCUUCUUGUCCACCACUGGCAGCAUCGCUUUCAACAAAUGGUGGCUGAGCUAUUGGCUCAGGAAUGGCAAUGUGAACUCAUCAAUGAUCUUAGCAAAUGAAACUUAUGGAAGUAGCAACAUGAGCCUGAACUCAGACAAGCAGUUCUAUUCCAAAAUCUACCUAAUUUCCAUGGGAACUGUUAUGAUUCUGAAGACUCUCAGAGGCAUUGUCUAUUCAAUGUGGACAAUAAAGGCAAGCUGCAGCCUCCAUGAUAGUCUUUUUAAGCAGAUCCUCCGCAGCCCCAUGCAUUUCUUCGAUACAACUCCUUUGGGUCGUAUCCUGACCCGCUUCUCAAGAGACAUGGAAGAGGUGGAUAUUCGCUUGGUAACGCAAGCUGAGCUGAUGCUGCAGAAUAUGACGAUGGUGAUGAGCUGUAUCGGAAUGGUGGCAAUGGUCUUUCCCUGGUUCCUGCUUUUCAUUCCACCAAUGUUGGCGUUCCUCAGGAUUGUGAACCGGCGUAGCAGAACCACAAUCCGUGAGCUUAAGCACUUGGAAAACAUUAGUCAAUCUCCAUUAACAUCUCACAUAGCCAGCAGUAUACAAGGACUGCCUACUAUCCAUGCCUUUGGAAGAUCACAAAACUUUCUUCAAAGAUAUCAAGAAUUGCUGGAUACUAGCCAAGCCUCAAGCUAUCUCUUCAGUUGUUCAAUGCGAUGGCUAGCUGUGCGCCUAGACCUGAUAAGCAUUGUUCUCAUCUCUACUGUUGCGGGUUUCAUUAUUGCCAUGAAAAACAACAUUUCCCCAUCUUACGCAGGACUUGCCAUUUCUUAUGCUGUACAGUUAACAGGCUUGUUUCAGUUUACUGUGAGGUUGGUCACUGUGACGGAAGCCAAAUUUACAUCUGUUGAGAGGAUUGAUAAUUACAUAAAGACUUUGGAGAGUGAAGCUCCCAGAGAAAGUGAUAAGCAGAGCGCUCCUGCCCCCUCCUGGCCCCAGCAGGGAAAGAUCAUUUUUAAGAACGUGGUGAUGAGAUACAGGCCUGAACUGCCUCUUGUACUGAAAGGGAUGUCAUUCAACAUCCAACCACAAGAGACUAUUGGCAUAGUAGGCCGCACUGGAUCAGGAAAGUCCUCUCUGGGCGUCGCCCUCUUCAGACUUGUGGAGCUGUCAGAAGGCUCAAUUAUUAUAGAUGGAAUCGAUAUUGCACAGAUUGGACUGGAUGACCUCAGGAGAAAACUAGCAAUCAUUCCUCAGGAGCCGGUUCUCUUUAUCGGCACAAUCAGGUCUAACUUGGAUCCAUGGGACCAAUACUCAGAUUCUGAAAUAUGGGAGGCUCUUGAGCAGACACAUAUCAAAGAAAUGAUAAACCAGCUCCCUCAUUCCCUAUAUUCGGAGGUGACGGAAAAUGGAGAGAACUUUUCCGUUGGAGAGCGUCAGCUGCUAUGUGUAGCUCGAGCCCUUCUGCGCAACAGCAAGAUUCUUAUUUUGGACGAGGCAACGGCAGCUAUUGACACAGAAACUGAUCGUCUCAUUCAAGACACAAUUCGCUCUGCGUUUGGCAGUUGCACCACUCUCAUUAUUGCCCAUCGGCUUGCCACGGUCAUGAACUGCAGCAGAGUCAUGGUGCUGGAUAAUGGCAAGAUCAUAGAGUUUGACAAACCUGCUUUCUUGCUGGCGGAUGAGAACUCAAGAUUUAGAGCCAUGAUCGAGGCGGCAGAAAAUCAAAGUGGCUAG